AUGAAGCUGCGGGUGUCUCUGACCAGCCUCCUGCUGGCCCUGUGCCUGAGCAGUGGGGCAGCUGGUCCACUGCAGGGCUCUGGGACAGGAGCCGGAGAUGCUGUGGGUAGUGGAUUUGGAAACGCCAUCGGUGAAGGAGCUAAAGAGGCAGUCAGCUCUGGAAUCCAGGAUGCCAUUGGCAAAGGAGACAAAGGAGAGGGCAGCUCUGCGUUCAGGGAGGCCAGAGGAGAUGCAUUCGGCAGACAGGUCGAGGACCUCUCUGGACAGGGAAUGGAUGCUACCCGCAACCCCGCUUCCUGGGGGACAUCUGGAGGACAUGGCACAUUUGAUUCUCAUGGUAGCUAUGGAGGCCAGGGCCAGGGCAAUUUCGGAGGGCCAUGGUCUCCCUCAGGCCAUGGGAACCCCGGAGGCUCAGAAGGCAGCUUUGGAACCAACUCCCUGGGAGGUUCCUUGGGGCAGGGAGGCAAUGGAGGGUACCCCAACCUUGAGGCCAAUGCUCAGGGGUUUGUGGCCCAGCCUGGCUAUGGUUCAGUGAGAGGUGGCAGCCAAAAUUCAGGGUGCACCAAUGCCCCACCUACUGGCUCCGAUGGAAGCUCUGGUGGCUCCCAGGGAAGCAGCAGCCACAGUGGUGGCAGUGGCAGCAGUGGUGGCCAUGGUGGCAGCAGUGGCCAUGGUGGCAGCGGUAGCGGCCAUGGUGGCAGCGGUAGUGGCCAUGAUGGCAGCGGUAGUGGCCAUGGUGGCAGCGGUAGUGGCCAUGAUGGCAGCGGUAGUGGCCAUGGUGGCAGCGGUAGUGGCCAUGGUGGCAGCAGUUCUGGAUCCAGCCAUGGAACCGGUUCUGAUACAGGCAGCAGAGAUACAAGUGGUGGUGGAAACAAGCCUGAGUGUGAAAACACAAGGAAUGAAGCCCGCAUCACUGGAGGAUCUAGGAGCGAGGGACAAGAGUCCAGUGAGUCCAGUGAAAGAAAGGAAGCAAUCAGUGAGCUCAAUUCUGUGGGCUCUGAGGCCUCUCCUGGAGUCUUCAACUUUGACAAUUUCUGGGAGAAUUUUAAAUCCAAGAUGAAUUUCAUUAACUGGAAAGCUUUAAACAAGGGCCAACUCCUAUCCCCUAACACCCGGGUCCUCCUCUACUUCCGAAGACUCUGGGAGGAUUUCAAACGAAAAACUCCUUUCUUCAACUGGAAAGAAAUUUCUGAGGAUGUAGACAUGCCAUCGAUGCAGAAGAGGGCAGAUGUUGCUAAUCAGAACUACUACAACCAGCAGGCGUAUCCCACUAUGCCCAGUGGGCAGAACUCACUGAAGAGCACCCCCAAGGCGUGA